ACUUCCUCCUCAUGGCAUUAAAUGCAGAACUAGAAAUAUUUAAUACCCAUCUUCGUCAGUUUCAUAUGAAAAGCAACCAGUUGCGAAAGUACAGCUGCUAAUUUUGAGGCCAAAAUGCUGAAGAAGAUGUUCACUUUCUUCCUCAUCGGAACUUUAGCUGUAAUGCUGACGACCCUACCGGGCUGCCAAGCUGACGGCUGUGGGUGUCCCCCACUGUGGACACCUUUUCAAGAUAACUGUUACAGGUAUUUCUCGGUGAAGAAUAUCACUUGGCUUGGAGCAGAGAUGCACUGCUCAAGUUUCUCCGUUCCUUGUACUGGAGUCGAUGCUCCCCUUAGCCUAGGACAUCUCACUUCUAUUCAUUCGAAAGAGGAGAUGGAUUUUCUUGCAGUGACGUAUGAAGACCUCCGCAGUAAAGUGAUAACGUCCUUUACCAGAGUCUGGAUUGGUCUUCAUGACAAGAGCACAGAAGGUAGCUGGAAAUGGAGUGACGGCUCGAGUGUAGACUACGAGAAAUGGGAGAGUGGUCAGCCGAACAGUUAUCAGGGGGAUCAGGAUUGUGCCGAGUUUCAUUCGUCCAACGAAUACACGUGGAAUGACCUCGCGUGUGACACAGACAACGACAGUGAUUUCACUGUGACGGGUUAUAUCUGCAAGCUACCACAGUGGUAACGAGUGGAAAUGCCAUAGUUUUAAUGU